AAUAAAGUGGAACUGUUCGGCUUGUCCUGUAAAUAAUUGAAUUAAUUCAUAUUUUUGUAAACAUGUAUACAUUUAUUAUAGGUGAAUUAUUUUGAGUUUGUGUCGAAGUUUCAGUUGUAUUUUAACAAUAUCAGGGGUUUUUUUCUGUCUAAAUGCCCCAGUAUUCACUCAUUUCAUCCCCCUGUUGGGUCAUCCUUCACUGCCACCUCCCAGUGACUCCCCUUUCCUCUCAGUGGCUCUAUAGAUUUUCUCCAAAUGAUAAAUUGGACACGGAGAGCCACUAAGGUGUGACCAGGUGCCAAAACAGUAUAGCUUUUUUGUCUUAAUGAGCUUAAUUAUGCCCAGGACCUUUCAGGUCUGUGUGGAUCACUGCUACACUAACCCUUUUCCCCAGGAAGGUAAACUCACAGCUUUUAAACCCUGCUAACUGACUUUAAUGACACUCGGGAUAAAAUAGAUAUACGACAGUCGCCUUUGGAAUCUACAAAGUUGCAUUGAUGUGCGUGUGUUUCCUCCACUUUCUCUCUUUUGAUUAAAGAAACACACGGUUUCUAGCCCAUCCAUCAACUCCACCCCUCCCUUCACCGUCCAAACACUCAAACUCGGAGCACUUGAUUUCUAGUCCAUUCUCUCCUGUGGCUCUGCGUUGAGCAGAAACUUGUUCAUUUGACUUUGAUCUUUUUGUUAUUUUCCUUCCAACAGUUCUUCUGCUCUUCGAUAUUUUGCGCUGAACCAAGAGAGAUGAUCCAUUUGGGAGGAUUUUCCGGUGCGUAAAAGCUGUGGAUGGUUACUUUUACGCGGAGCCGUACCCCGGACUUUCUGUCUCCUGAAGUUGCUGCACAUCACAAAGGUGAAUUGAGCUGAUUUCUUCUCCUCUGCAAAAAUCCCACCAUCAAGCAGGCUGGAAGACCACCGGCUCCGGAGAUCGCCGCGAAUCCGCAGAGCGCAGAUGAUCGCAACUGGUGUUUGUGGCGUCGCGCUGGUGCUGCUGUUGGUGGUUCUGAUCCCAGUGGUGGUGAACUCCGCCGGGAGUCCUGCGCGAUACGAGAUGCUCGGGUCCUGUCAAAUGGUGUGCGACCCCCAAGGGACAGCGACCGCCGCCACGGCCAAGGCGACCAACACAAUCAAAGACAACCGGCUGGUCCAGUCGCUUCCUACGUUCAUCCAAGGUCCUCAAGGAGAGCCGGGCCGCGCGGGGAGGAUGGGUCCUAGGGGUCCGGUGGGCGAACCCGGACCACCUGGACCAGCUGGUCCUCCAGGUGAGAGAGGGCUUCCGGGACCACCGGGUCCACCUGGAGCACCAGGAGCCAAUGGACCCACUGGUGCAAUCAGCGCUGCGACUUACAACACGGUCCCAAAGAUUGCGUUUUAUGCAGGACUGAAGAAGCAGCACGAGGGAUAUGAGGUUCUGAAAUUCGACGACGUAGUCACAAAUAUUGGAAACCACUACGACCCGUCGACUGGGAAAUUCACCUGCUCCAUACCGGGAGUUUACUUCUUUAUUUACCACGUGCUGAUGCGCGGCGGAGACGGCACCAGUAUGUGGGCUGACCUGUGUAAAAACAACCAGGUCAGAGCCAGCGCCAUUGCCCAGGACGCAGACCAGAACUACGACUACGCCAGCAACAGCGUCGUCCUCCACCUGGAGCCAGGAGACGAGAUUUACAUCAAACUGGACGGGGGGAAGGCGCACGGGGGCAACAACAACAAGUACAGCACUUUCUCCGGCUUCAUGUUGUACGCUGACUGAGACACGGUGGUCGGGAGGAGAAUGCUCUGCAUACAGCUUUGCUUCAUUGCUCGGUCUCGGUUCAGUGUGACUUGGAUUAUUAGAGACGGAGCUCACCAUUUUCAUAGUGCAAAAAGACCCGUGGAUGAUGAUGAGGAAGAGGAGGAGAGGAUGAAGGCGUGCGUAAAGGAGCGGACUGUACUUAGCAAUAGGCCGUCUGUGUGUGUACCGUAUUUACAUGAGCGCAAGAAGGAACCUUCAGUUAUUUAUCGUUAAUUAUUCCCUCGUCGGGUUGAUUAGUGCACUUUGAGUGAACUCUGAGCUUCACGAUUUAAGUUUGCUGACAUGUCAGGCAUACACUGUAGACGCUGUGCUAACACACACUGCUAAAUGUAGACGAAGAGUUCAAUGUAUUCACCCUCAGCACUGGAUUAUAGCAAGCAAACCACACCAUCCCCACGCUGUUCACUGUGCUGUUAGUCCACGUGUGUGC